AGAACGCGACCUGCCAAGCUGCCUGUGGAAGCCGAUCCAUUCGGUCGAUGAAGGAUCCAUGUUGAAGAAUUACCGCUGGUGCUGCACGACGUUCGAACAUUUUCCCAAAGUUUGCUGACGACGCGUGGAAAACUAUCGAAUCCCGCCGAGUGUAUCUCUUCUUUCUCGCGACGAGAGAGAGAGAGAGGGAGAGAGAGAGAGAGAGGGAGAGAGAGAGAGAGAGAGAGAGAUAGAGAGAUAGAGAGCGUUCGAACGCGAUAACCUCUCUGUCGAUCGACCAUGGAGGGUCGAGAAAGUGUGUUCUCUCGAGCCCAACCGAGCAGAAGCUCGGUUCGAUCGCAAAGCGAGCGGCAGAGCCUCGAGACGCCGAACGUCGCGACGACGGAGAACAAGCAACGUCAGAUCGGUGGAUACCGUUCCGCGAACAGAGAACCGACGAGUCUCACCUCGGCCCCCGGCAGGUACGUGGCGACAGCUCGUACACCGAUGGACAAUUUGAAGCAGUGGGAGUUGGUGGAGCACGAUCAUCGUCUCCAAGUGAUAGAAAAGGGAAGCAUGGCGAAUCCUUCGUCGAAGGCUGGUGUCGUCAAACGUUCACCGAGCGUCGCCGGCAACGACGCGACAUCGAUCGCCGGUAGAAAGGUUGCCGCGAUCGAAGCGAGCCUCGAGGAGAAAUUGAAGGCGUUCAGAAACUCGAACAUCGUUCAGCCUAUCGCGGUUCGUCCUCGACGCGAUGACGAUCGUUCCGACAGCGACGCCAAGCUUCCGGUUAAACUCGAACUGAUCCUGAAACAGCGAAAAGCUUCGGGCGCAGAGAGUACGGAUAUGCUUCAACGAUUGGAGCAGCAGGUCAAGGCCAUCGAAAUGGACACUCUCGCAGCCAGAACGCGCCAGUUGGAGAUCAGCUCGGAUUUCGAGCCAGAAAUUCUAUACACGGACCUUCGAUACAGGGAACACGAGGAUCUACUUCGAAACGUGACGGAUGACGAAGCCGAGGGGGCCUCUCCGUUGCAUCGAGGAGACGCGACGAGGAACUCGACGGGAAACGCGGGUGUUACAACGAAGAAAGCCACGACGAAAUUAUCAAGGACAGCCUCGGACACGAGGCGAGCACAGGAAGCGGAAGUGCCCCUUCGAGCGCAGACUAGGAUGGUGCAGCAAGCGCGUGCGUUCGUCGCGGCACGGGCCAACAACAACGCGAAGAAAGAUCAACGGCUGCAACAACGGCGACAAACCAAUGCGGUUAACAACGCGAUCAAACCGUCGUCAGACAUCAUGCAGAAGAGUGGCAUAAAUGAGAAGGAGACAGGGGAUGGCGUGGGAGUGUCGAGUAGCGGUGGUCGACUCUCGUCUCGAAGUCGGACGUCGGAGGAGCCCCACAUCGGCAAGUACAAAUUACUCAAAACAAUCGGCAAGGGUAACUUUGCCAAGGUAAAGCUUGCCAAGCACGUGCCUACCGGGAAAGAAGUGGCUAUUAAAAUCAUCGACAAGACUCAAUUAAAUCCCGGUAGUCUUCAAAAGCUGUUCCGCGAAGUAAGAAUAAUGAAGAUGCUCGACCAUCCGAACAUAGUGAAGCUUUUCCAAGUAAUCGAGACCGAGAAAACAUUGUACCUGGUAAUGGAGUACGCUAGCGGUGGUGAAGUUUUCGACUACUUGGUUUUGCACGGUCGAAUGAAGGAGAAGGAGGCUAGAGCAAAGUUCCGGCAGAUCGUCUCUGCCGUGCAAUACUGCCAUCAAAAGAAGAUCAUUCACAGGGACUUAAAGGCGGAAAACUUGCUACUCGACAGCGAGAUGAACAUCAAAAUCGCAGAUUUCGGUUUCAGCAAUGAAUUCACUCCGGGCAAUAAGUUGGAUACCUUCUGCGGUUCACCUCCUUACGCAGCACCCGAACUUUUCCAGGGUAAAAAGUACGACGGGCCCGAAGUAGACGUUUGGUCGUUGGGAGUGAUAUUGUACACAUUAGUGUCCGGAUCACUGCCCUUCGACGGUUCGACGCUGAGAGAACUGAGGGAACGAGUACUACGAGGAAAAUAUCGAAUACCGUUUUACAUGUCCACGGAUUGCGAAAACCUGUUGAAAAAGUUUUUGGUGCUCAACCCGACGAAACGGGCCUCCCUAGAGACUAUUAUGAAAGACAAAUGGAUGAACAUGGGAUAUGACGACGAUGAAUUAAAACCGUACUUAGAACCUGAACCUGAUUAUAAAGACCACAAGAGGAUAGGUGAGUCUGCCAAGGCCCUGGCUAGUAUGGGGUACACGAGAAGCGAAAUAGAAGAUUCCUUAGGACAGGCAAAGUACGAUGACGUAUUCGCCACGUACUUACUCUUAGGAAGAAAGACAACCGAUCCUGAAUCCGACGGCUCGCGGUCAGGCAGUUCAUUGUCGCUGCGCAACAUUCCACCGCAAGCUGGUUCGGGAGGCGGCGGCGGCGGAGGAGGAGGUGGCGGAAGCGGCGGAGGCACAGGUGGCGCUGUGCAGAGUCCGUCGCAUAGAGGUGUUCAUAGAAGUAUUUCCGCUAGCAACCCAAAACCAAGUAGACGAGUCUCGUCCGGUCUUGAAACGCUUCGAGCAGCACCAAGUCCAGGAAACGCAACGAACCAUAAUCACGCGACUGCUACGACUGGUGGAACAGUGACUGGUGGCAGCGGUAGUAAUUUUAAGAGACAAAAUACCGUGGACGCGGCCACCAUCAAGGAGAAUACCGCUCGUGUUUCCGCGAGUCGACCUUCGGCUCCUAAAAACAGUCCUGGCCAAUUAGAUACUAUGACAAUGUUCAUUCUAGGCGUGGGUACAAGUCCCGGUGGUAGGGCAUGGGCAGGCAAGAGCAAUACGAUGAACGCAGGGGUAGGUGGUGGUCGGCCUCUUACCUCACCUGCCCCUGGUUCUGUUGGUCGACGUAGUACCAUCUCCUAUGAUCAAGCGAAAACGUCCUCCUCGUCUACCGAAAGAACCAACGACGCACCCAGCCUUGGCGAGGGCACUAGACCAACGCGGGGUCACACCAAGUCUGCGAGCAUCAGCGCAGGUCACCGUUCCUCGAGUGGCGUACCCCCCAGCGACCAUUCACUACUGGACCCUCAACCACGCAACGCCCACAACUCCUUACUCGCCACUGCUGACCCUCUUAGACAGAGCUCAGACUGUCGAAGCUUGUUUUGCAAGACGUACAAAGAUCGCUUGUGCAUUAUCUACUUUUACAACCGCCCCCUUGAACCUCACGGAAGAAUUCGCGUGAAAAUUUGGGUGUAUCUCCAAGCAAUAGACUGGCAACGCCUACAACACCGGCAUUUCCGAGAAAUGUCCCAAGCCGUAGUACGUUCCAUUCUGGCCAGAACAGAGCUCAGCGAAAUCAUACUCAGGGUCAUACGCAUACACAGGACACAAAUGCAAUUAGUCCAUUAGCAAGACCGUCCUUCUUCUCCAAGUUAUCCUCGAGGUUCUCCAAACGGUUUUCUAAGUGAAGGCUGAAGUCUCGCCUUGUUUCCCUCGAGCCGAAAUGAGAGCGAGCCGCACGCUGAAUAUCAAGCAACGGCAAUAUACAGACAUUUUACCGGCACAGUAAUUAAAGUCCGAUCGACCGGCCGACUAUAACUUCUAACAUUAGCGUAUUCCUAAUUAUUUUCUUUUCUUUCUGUCUUCGUUUGUCUGAUAAUAAUUUUUACUUAGAUUUUGUAUCAAAGACAUAUAUUGAGAAAUGGUUAAAACUUCGUAGCGAUGAUACACCGUAAAUUCGAGGAAAUAUAUUGGAUAUCGAUAAUUUUUUAAACUCGCUCGUCGAUCGUUUCGCGAGCAAAAUUCUCCGCAGUAGAACCACGCAAUUUUAUUCGUCACUUAGUUACGCCAACACGCUGCAACCAUCUCUUUAUUCGAUCUCUUGUUAUUAAUCGCUCAUUUUCAAAUCCGAGAGAACGAGAGAACAGCUAACACACGUUAUCGUGAUAAUAACCGAGCGUUACGGAAUUGUAUCGACUCUUCGUUCUUUGUUUCUCCAUUUCUUAUCAGUGUCUGUUCCUUUCUUCUAUCGAUAUCCAAAAUAUUUGUUGUCUUACGUCGGAAAUAAACGCGAAUUAUGUUUAAGUUUGCAAUUGUCAAAUUUCCAUUCGAUGCUGAAUGCAAGACAGACUCGACUGAAUCAUCAACUAUAAGAAAAUUCUUAUAUCGAUUCUUUUGUUUAACAGAGAAUGCAUUUUUUUUUUUUUUUUUUUUUAUACGAAUGUACAUGUAUGUCGCAAUAUACAUAUGCGUGUAAUUUAUGUAAAUAUAUGACAUAUAUAGUUUCAUACAUUUCAUGAUAUAUAGUUUCAGUAUUGGCAUUCGUAAAGUAUUUUGUACAGCUUCUUAACGUAACGAUGGAAAUAAAUUAUAUCCCACAAAAUGGAAAAGGAACCGAGAACAGUUCAAUGAAUCAUCGAACGUACAAGAAUUCGUCGCCGAAUUCUCAAAGAAUCGAUAUCAGACACGUUGCACCUCUUUAUCGGCUAACAAGCAGCUUUCGCAUUCGUUAUUUUAUAUUCGUUGUAUUCCCUUUUUACAUUUGACAUUCUUAUCCUAUCUAACGUUCGUGCUUCGCACUCCGUUGUUGCGAAUCGGUCGAUCCGAACCCAUCGAUACGCGAUGCAUUUUCUUACUUCUAUUCCGAAUCGCUACGAAACACGAUGUAACGUAUAUCAUCAAAGGCAUUCCAUUGUAUUUUCUCCUUCGCAUGCCUUUUUUUUUUUUUUUUUUUUUUUUUUUUUUUUUUUUUUUUUUUUUUUUUUUUUUUUUUUUUUUUUUUUUUUUUUUUUUUUUUUUUUUAACAUACUCGCCGUAUCGAAACGGCAACCAUCCGUUGCUCGUCGACGUAUUUAUCCUGGAAAUUCAGAUUUCCUUCAGACACCUUCGAAUUUCGAAUUCCAGCUCGAUACUCGAGUUCGAGUUGUGCAAACGAACAGCAAACUGUUCCGUUGCGCUGAUAUGCAUUUUCUUCCUACCGCUGAAACACUUUAUUUAGCGAAGAAAUAUUAAUAGUAAUAAUUACGAUAACAAACUGACGAGGAAAAUGAAAAGAGAAAAAGGAGAAAAAGAGCAAAGCGACAUCAGGCUUUGCAUUUCUUUUGCAUUGAAGCAAUACGAUAUUGUUUCGUAAUUGAUCUCAGUACUAAGCAAGUGCGAGGCAAAAAUGAAGGAAUAAAGAAAAGGUCAAGUUUUAAAACAAUGGGUUAUCUCUAGUGUCCAAGAGAAACGCAACUUUUGUUAAAAGAAAAGAAAGGGGAGGGGGGGAAAAAAAGAAAGAAAAUGUCGAAGAUUUAAAACGAACAAGACUCGAACGGUUUGUUCCAUAUUUUUAUAUGCGAUAUUAUCCUGUCGCAAUUGAUGUAGUAUGCUAGUUAGUUAAUUUAGUAAAAUCAUAUACAAUUUAUUUUUUAUGGUAAUCGCGAUUUAACAGAAAAUUACCUGUUCUUCAAACGUCAUUUUUUUAACGCAACAAUGUUUCACGUCCGAUAAUACGAACUCGUAAACUUGGAAAUCGUUUUUCCAUUACGAUCGAUGUCAUAUUUUUGCGAAUACCUAUUUGUUUUAUAACUUGUACGAGAGAUACGUAAGCAAACCAGAAGAACGGAGCAAACAGUAUCCUAUAUUUAAAUACAAGCGUCCUCUUUGUCAGAUAAUUGUCAGGUAAUUGAUCGUCUAAAUGGUCUCGAAUAUUGCGUAAACCAGAUCAUUGUCGAAACUGCGUGCCUUCCUCUUUUCGAUGUUAUACAAUUCAUGCGUAUUUUUACUAUAAAAAAAAAAGAAAAGAAAAGAAAACGAGAAAAAGGAAAGAAAAAAGAGAAAAAGAGAACGAUGAAACGAGUACGAAACCUAUGCACUAGUUUUUCAAGCAUCGAUACAAAUUUCACACAGUCCGAUGAAAAUGCGUAAUAUGUACAUACCGAACGAUACAAUAACUACCAUUAUUUACAAAAGAGAAAGUAAGAGAGUAAAAUAAAGAUUUGUAAUACGUUGUGGUGUAAGCGAAGAAAGAAAAGGAUCAUGUGACGAAAGUGGGUGCCUGAUCGAGCGAACGAGCGAGAGAAUGAAUGAAGAAAGGCCUCGGGUGAAUUUAACGAUUAAAACUGUCGAAAGUCUUUUCCUUUUGUCACGAGUUUUCGUCGAUCGAACGACGUUACUUGCUGGUAUACAAAAGUACUUUUUCACGCGUCAAUUCCAACGUUUUUCUUAAAUCAAAGAACAGUUCAUCGUGAUUAAUCAUCGAUCGAAAAUUUCCUUUAUUAUUCUUUUAUUAUAGUUACUCUACCUAACUUGGUCAUUUUCCAUAUUAUACGACACGCGUUCGUGUCAAAUGGAAAGAAAACGUUCGGUUCCAUUGAAAAAUUCUUUAGAUUCCGGCGAUGGAGAAGAAAAAUUGAUAACGCAUUGCCGAGAUCACCAAGUAGAUUGCUAGUUUACGCGCACGGGAGAAAGAUACAGGAAAUGGAAUUUAAGCGUCUCGAACUUGUCGUGUAUAUUGUAAUACGUAUAAAGAUAGGAGGGAUAUAAAGGAAAAGAGAAAUGACACCAACAACGCAAGAUUUUAUACGCAAGAUUUACGAAUAUAGCACAUCUGUAAAUGAUAUUAAACGCUCUUUGCUGCACUCCAGCUCCCAUCCAACUGUUUAAACGUCUGGCAUUUUUCUUUUCUCUUUUUUUCUUUUUUCUUGAUUUUUCCCCCCUUUCGUCGAUGGAUCUUUGACCGAGAACCGAUCACUUUCAUGGAUCUAUCUGAAAGGCGUUUACUUUAGAUCUUUACGAUACGGAGGGCAGUAAAUAGCUAAUAGAAAGUGAAUAGAAAUAUUAUUUAAAAUAAUUUUAAGAAGCAAUAAUAGUAAUAAUUUCAUAUUAAUAAAUAUGUUAAAACUGCCUUAUA